AUGAGUGACCGGCCCCCCCCUCUGCCUAAGAAAGAUCAGCAUUCGGAUGUCCCAGGCAAUGAAUUGUCAUCGUUCUCUUACGACUGGGUGGUUCCCGGACUUACCCAGCCACUUCACGUCGAGUUUUCAGCCAAUACUAACCUAAUCCCUGGCCGCGAAGGCCUGGUGAGCCCCAACCCGGGAGAAUGGCCUCAGAAUCCGAAGGUUCCAAUCCCCCGCUCCGCCCAAGCUGCAACCCCGACUACCUCUGGCCGAACUAGUCGAGCUUGCCAAAAUUGCCGUGAGCAAAAGGCUAAAUGCAGUGGCCAUCAACCCACUUGCAAACGUUGCGAGGAUGCUGGGAUAAAAUGUUUUUAUAGCGAUCGAAAAAAGGACAAGCUUGAGAAGGAUAUGGGUGAUUUAAAGGCGCAAAUUCAAAAAUAUGAAGCUCUUCUACGUGCGGCGUACUCGAGAUUAGACUCGUGGUCAGCCCAAUAUGUUGAUCAAUCCUUGGGGGGACAAUUAGUCGGACCGUCGAGCUCCGAAGCUAUGGUCGGUAUCAGCCACCCACUGGCUGUCACCGAUCAUACCGAAGAGGAUUUCAAUCGCGAUGAAAACCAAGCACUUGGUUUUGUGGGAGAGCACUCAGAAAUGACAUGGCUUUAUAGACUCAAGCGCGAUCUCGACCAGAAAAUCACAACACCCAUCACAGAAACCGCCAAUAGAACUUCGGUUUCAUCCCUCAACUACUUUCAAGAAGACAUUGAGCUAUUCCGUCUCAGGGGUGUCAACGUGCUGGAAAGACCACCCCAACACAUUGCAGACAAGCUCGUCGACUCUUACAUCCAGAUGGUUCACCCUGCCUUCCCCAUUAUUGGUAAGACAGUUUUUCUGAGCCAAUACAAAUCAUUCUAUUCGAAUCCGACCUCGCGUCCCGGCAAGCGGUGGCUGGCGGUGCUGAACUUGGUGUUUGCCAUCGCGGCGAAACACUCAACCUUAGCCAACAGUCAGUCCCAAGAAGAUAUUGGUGAUCAUUUGGUGUAUUUUGCUCGAGCAUGGCGAUUGAGCUUGGGUGACGUUGCUUUACUGGACCAUCCAAAUCUCCAACAGGUACAGGUGGAGGGCCUGACUGCUUUUUACCUUCUUGCCAAUGGGCAAGCUAACAGGUCUUGGCGGAUGAUUGGCAUCUCAAUUCGAUCAGCGAUAGCCAUGGGUCUGAACCUUCGUAGCGAGAGUUCUGAUGUUGCCCAUGUCUCGAGAGAGACUCGAUAUCGUGUGUGGUGGGCGUUGUUCAUGUUGGAUACAUUGCUGUGUGUGAUGAUCGGCCGCCCCCCCACCUAUGGCGGUGGUUUCUGUACAACCCCCCGACCUGUCCCCUUUCGUGAAGAAGACUUUGGGGAUGAAGAGGUCAGAAAAAUCAUAACUGACUUUGGCAUGCGACAAGAACUGAUGAGGUCUCUCCUCUCUUGUGGCAAUUUACCUGGACAAAUCGAAAGCCCCGUGGACCCUUUUCCGUCGUCGAAUUUUGCAUCUGGAAAAGGCAAACAAACCGCCCAAGCGAGCCCAAUUAAAGCAGAAAACGUCACUCCAAAUAUUUCACUAUACUUCUUAUAUGCGGUUGACUUGGCAUUUCUCAUGAGGGAAGCCAUUGAGACCCUCUAUGCUCCCAGAGCGACGCGGCGAUCCUGGCCGGAGAUGGAAAAUACAAUUUCUAUCUUCAACAACAGUGCUGACAACUGGCUCUCUCAUUUGCCAACACAGUUCCAAUUCGCACAACUCGAUUCAAACCAUCCGUUUUCCCGCCAACGUGUCAGUCUCGCCUUCCACUUCUACACCACGAAACUCGUUAUCACACAGCUUUGCCUCCGCCGUCUCGCCUACCAACCUCCCGAGUCAGAGUCACCAGGACCUCUCUGCUAUACAAUGGCGUCUACAUGCGUGGAAGCAGCUCGCGGAAUGAUAUCUCUUCUCCCUGAGAAUUUGGACGCAUGUUUGCUAUAUGAGACUUUCCCAUGGUGGUGUGUCCUGCAUUAUGUCAUGCAGUCAACUACUAUUAUCCUGGUUGAACUGCUCAUGCGUACCAAGUCGGGCAUCAUUGGAGCCGCCGGGCUCUUAACGGAUAUACAAAAGGCGGUAUGUUGGCUACACGAGAUGGCUACCCGGGAUCCAUCCGCUCAGCGCGGUUGGUCUAUCUGCAUGGAUAUCCUAUCACAAAGCGGCCUUGAUCCGCAGUGA